AUGUUUGUGUUCUGCUUUGCGCGAGGGCGGGCAUCUUCGCCCAUCAGGGUCGCUGAUGCAGCUCGAGCUUCUAGCAGCUCGGGGCACCCCGCAGGAGCUCGACUGGCUGUACUUCCGGAAGCCCCGGGCGGGCGACAGCGCGGCCAAGGGAAGGAGGAAGAGACCCGGUCCCCCGGGGCCUCAGUCGGGGGAAGCCCGUACUACGCACCCGCAGGGCAGGAGCCGCACCCGCUAACGCCCGGGUAUCCGUCCGGAUGCGCGUCCCCGCGCGUGCGCCGCCGGGGGCGGCCCGGGUCAACGCGCCCGCCCGAUUGGCUGCGGCCGGCGUCUAGAAACGGCGUUGCGCGUGCGCGCCCUUUCCGCGAGGUCUUGCGUGGUGGGUUUUGCUCCCCAGCCUCCGCUGUCUCCGCGGUAGCCCCAUCUCUCCGUCCCGGGCGCUCAUUCCCGUUGUUCGUAAUGUUCCCGGAACUCAAUAACCUUCUCAACACCACCCCUGACCAGGCGGAGCAGGGGAAACUGACUCUCCUCUGUGAUGCCGAGACAGAUGGCAGUUUCCUCGUGCACCACUUUCUCUCCUUCUACCUCAAAGCUAAUUGUAAAGUCUGCUUUGUGGCACUCAUCCAGUCCUUCAGUCACUACAAUAUCGUGGGACAGAAGCUGGGUGUCAGCCUGACCACAGCACGUGAACGUGGGCAGCUCGUGUUUCUCGAGGGUCUCAAGUCCGCAGUGGAUGUCUUCUUCAGGCCUCAGGAGGAGCCACACCCGCUGCAGUUCCUCAGGGAGGCCCGCGCUGGGAACCUGCAGCCGCUCUAUGAGUUUGUGCAGGAGGCCCUGAAGCCAGUGGGCAGUGGGGAGGCUGCCUGGAGGUGCCCGGUGCUGCUGGUGGACGACCUCAGUGUGCUGCUGAGCCUGGGCAUGGGGGCCGUGGCGGUGCUGGACUUCGUCCACUACUGCAGGGCCACUGUGUGCCGGGAAUGGAAGGGAAACAUAGUGGCCCUUGUGCACGACAGUGGAGAUGCCGAGGACGAGGAGAAUGACAUCCUGCUGAAUGGCCUUAGUCACCAGAGCCACCUGAUCCUGCGGGCCGAAGGCCUGACCACUGGCUUCUGCAAGGAUGUGCAUGGGCAGCUGAGGAUCCUGUGGAGGAGACCAUCUCAGCCCACAGCCCAGCGGGAUCGGAGCCUCACUUACCAGUACAAGAUACAGGACAAGAGUGUGUCCUUUUUUGCCAAAGGAAUGUCUCCUGCUGUUCUGUGACCUGACUUAGGGGCAGCUGAAGCUACCUUGGACUGGUUUUGGUUGUGAAAGAUAAAGCAACUGAGCAGAAAUGGAUCUUUACACCUUUGUUGUGGACUGGCAGCUCCACCGUGACCCAGGGAUGGUGGAAUGGUGCUGUGAUGCCUUUGUUCCCCUGGGCCCAGUUUAGAAAACACGAGGAAGCCGCAGCCCUGCCUCAGCUGAGAUGCUUCAUGUUGAACUGGGUGAAAGGGGUCCUUUGGAGCCUUCCUUGUAAACACGCCUUAGCCUCAACUGCCCAUU